CCCGCGCACUGAUCACUGAUUGAUGAAAGAGUAAUUAGACGUGAUGGCAGGCAAUGUGCACGCGACCAUCCCCGCACGGCUCACUCAAGAGUCUACUAUCCAACUAGACGAGUUUAAGCAGAUCUGCUCUCGCUCCAUCGAUGCUUCGACCUACCCACUUGCUUGCGCUGUCGACCACAAUAUCCCUAUAUACGACAUCCCUGCCCUCGAGACACGGCCACUCACAGCCGAACUAAUCUCCCGCCUCCAAGAUGAAUGGCACCAAGUCCUCCACUCCGGACCGGGAGUCUUCGUCCUACGUGGAAUGUACACACCUACAAGAUACGCCUCCAUCCUAUCCGCGACAAACGACGCCUUCGACCGAAUUAUCGCCCGUGAGCGCGCCUCGAAUACCUCCCAGGGCGACCACUUCGCCGCCAGCGGCACCAACGAUCGCAUCUGGAAUGCUUUCUCCAAGCACGGCCUCGAAGACCCAUCUUCUUUCGCCGAUUACUACGCCAAUCCCUGGCUGGCAACCGUCAGUUCCGGCUGGCUAGGCCCCGGCUACCGGGUCACCGCACAAGUCAACGCCGUCCACCCCGGCGGUGCCGCCCAAGAAGCGCACCGCGAUUACCACCUCGGUUUCAUGGACGCCGAUGCCUGCGCGAGGUUCCCCGCCGCAACGCAGUUGACCUCGCAAUUCCUCACGUUGCAAGGCGCCGUCGCACACAGUGAUAUGCCCCUCGCCUCGGGUCCGACCCGCUUCUUACCUUUCAGUCAGACCUAUCCACCGGGGUACAUGGCCUGGCGACGGCCCGAGUUCCGCGCCUUCUUCCAAGAGAACUACGUCUCUUUACCACUCUCCCUCGGCGACGGGGUCUUUUUCAAUCCGGCGCUUUUCCACGCCGCGGGCGCAAAUGUUAUGGACGCUUCUGCGGACGGAUUCCGACGCGUUGCGAAUCUAUUGCAGAUUAGUAGUGCGUUUGGGAAACCCAUGGAAAGUGUUGAUGCGAUUACGCUCGUGGAGAGGUGUUGGGAUAUCCUGUCUGCACGGUUUAAAUCUGCGGGCCAGAAGAUUGCGGAUCGUGAUUUGGAUCCCGGGAGUUAUGGGCGUGAGGCGAGGGAGGUUAGGGCGUUGGUGCAGGCUUUGGCGGAGGGGUAUCCGUUUCCGACGAAUUUGGAUCGGAGACCGCCUGCGCCGGGGAGGAUGGCGCCAGAGACUGAGCAGGAUGUGUUGGUAACGGGGUUAGAGAGGGGUUGGACGCGGGUGGACGUUGUUGGUGCGUUGGAGAAGAUGAGGUUGGAGUCGAGGGCGUGACCGCGGUGACUACAGUAGUGUGCCGAGGUCAUGGACAUAGGGCUGGGGUGACGGAUCAGGGAUCUGGUGUUUGAUCUUUCGAGUGGAGUUUGCUUAGUGCUUAGAUGAAUCCGAUUUCGAGUAGACGAGUCUCGUCGUCAACAUUAUUAUUGUUGUUGUUGUUGUUGUUACUGUUACUGCGUACAUGCGUGCAGCUGGAUGGAGGCCUCCGG